GGCAAAACACGACGGACACACACGGCAACAAACAAAUCCCCAUGGCACGAAUGCCCACAAGAAAGAGUCCCCCACCCCCCACAUCAUGCCAUCCAUUCAUAAAUCAGAGCUUCUGCACCUUGAGCGAUCGUAUACCCCUGACAGUGGGUUUGCAGUCCUGGUCACAGUCGGGCGGCACACAGUAGGGGGGCUUGGCGAUGUGCUCCCGCAUCGUGUCGUUGAUGGCGUACUGGUACAGCUCCUGCUUGGCGCUGUACUUGAUGGUGUCAUUGUUUUCCACCUUGAUGUCGAACGUCUCAUCGCUGACCAGGACGUUCUGCCAGGUGGCCUGGAACUUGUCGAAGGUGAGAGGGACCACCGGGUGGAACCACUCCUUCAGUGUGGGGUAGAUUCGGCUGCUCCAUUGGUCGGCGGGGAGGGCCAGGUGCACGCCACCCACGGCAUCCAGCUGACGGAGGAAGGGCAAGUAAAACGACUCACUGACACACGAGAUGAUGAGACACGGACAGCCAGAGAUGUGGCGGCUUCGAGUGUGGAAGUCAUCGUUAUUUUGUUACUUGUAGAGCUGUUCGUCUGCCAAGGGCCACAUUCUGGCGGUGACGGGGGGGUUGCCGUAGGUGACGUCUGUGGGCACGGCACACACGUCUCUCCCUCCCAGAUGGAACACAGUGGCGUCGCGGUCGCCCCGGUGGUUCUCUAUCACCCUGACAUAGACACACACAGCCAUUCCAUUGGAGACACAGAGAGGGAGAGACAAAAGGUCUCACCAUUCGUAUGCAGGUUCGGGGAGCCCCCACGCCCCUUCGUCCAGGACAUUCGGCUCACACUCCGGCCGCUGGUAAAGCGUCACCUUCGCCGGCCCCUACACAUACCAAAGACGACGACACACAACACAACACGACACAACACAACACGGCGCCCAUCAGCGGAACGCAGAGCAGUGCAGUGCAGUGCCGUUCAUUCUCCCUUCAUUCAUGAGUACCUGUAUGCGCAUAGACAUGGGUGGCCGCCCCUCUAUGCCGCCGAACUCGCAGCACGUGGUGCAUUCGUCAGCGGUGAAGGCCUUGUAUUGGCCGGCGUGUCCGUCAGCGCCCGGCAGCUCGAAGAAGAAGAUGCACACGCUGGCCUCCUCGCUGCACUCGGGCGGCAUGCUCUUGUGGUGCGCAUACAUGUGGCCGAAAUGAGCGUCGAAGUUGCCUCUGAGACACACAGACAGACACAGAUGGAAAGACAGACAGGACGGAAUGUGUGAAAGGAGCCCUUCCUUCCCGGCCUGCCUCACCUGGCGAUGUAGUGAAUGUAGUCGUUGACGGUUUCAUGGAUGAGGGUGCGGAUGGCCUCGUAUCCGCCCGUCACUUCCACAACGGGACUCGUCCACGAGGGAUUGAUCACCUGCAGCUCCGGCGCUGUCAGCCAAUAACCUGCAUGUGCAACACACACAAACAACAGAGAAAGACCACUGCAUGCGAGAUGAUACCCAGUGCAGAGUACCUUUCCCCUGCUUUGGCGCGGCCCCACUGGCGAUGCCGACCGCCACAAAGGAACACAGCGAAAGCGAAAGAACAGCCUGAGACCAGCACAGAGCUCUGGAAAGGAGCGUGUCAGUGCGCCAGCGCCAUUUGCCAACCUGAGCCAAUGGCAUUUCGUCGGGCUCUGUGAAAGACCAUUGCAAGACCAAGUGUUGACAGCAAGGAUGCACGACUGUCACAACCGAUGCGGUCACAAGCGAAUCGUAAGGACGAAUCGCAAGCACUUUCACAGUGCAAAGCCGGCCGGCAGAGGACCACAGCGCUCAGGAGGAUCGCGCG